AUGGCAAGAACAAAAGGAAAGAGUAAAAAAGUAGACAAGAAACCAAAAAAAACAAAACCCAUGAAAAUAGCUGCGUUGAUAAUAUCAGCGAUCCAAGAGCUCAAAGAGACAAAAGGAUCAACUCCUACUGGAGACGAAAUGGACCGAGCCAACAAAAUAGCCGAAAGAUUUGCCAGAUUGCCGACUCCGGUUCCUUCGAAUCUCGACCAGGCUCAAAAAAAGGGAGAAAAUUCCGUACGAGGAGCAACUGCCGAAUCCUUCGGAGACACCAGGAGAAUAGAAUCACGCAGACCUGAUCCAAUCACCAUGCAAAGGCGAGUCCAAUCACUUCCAGCAUCCCCUGCAACGAGUAUGUCCGAAAUCAGUUGGGGUCACGGUGACUACGCGAUGCAUGGAAGUGAUUUCGAGUGA